AUGGCAGAGAGGCUGAGAAACGACGACGGUCUGGUGCCAUUGCGAAUUUUGGGAGAAGCAGAUGAGAUAAGCUACAGGGAGGGAGGGGAAAAUGCGACGCGGGACUCGCCGACCGUGAGGCGAACCAAGCCUCCCAGCUUCAGCCAAGUUAUUGAUCCAUUGGACGCCGACGACUGGCUAAGGACUAUUCAGAGGAAAUUGGAGAUUGCUCACACUGAAGAUGGAGACAAGGUUCCCUUCGCAACGCAUUAUCUUGAAGGAGCUGCCGCAAUAUGGUGGGAUAAUGCUAAGGCAAUAUGGCCCGCGGACGAGGAAAUUACUUGGACAAAAUUCAAGGACCAUUUCUGCAAGUAUCAUAUUCCCACCGGAAUUAUGAAAAUCAAGCAGCGCGAAUUCCUCUCCCUCACUCAAGGCAGCAUGACAGUCAACGAGUAUCUGAAUAAAUUCAACCACUUGGCCCGCUAUUCUCUCCAUGAUGUGGCGACAGAAGAACGGAAGAUCGACAGGUUUCUUGGAGGACUGAAUCAGCAUCUCAGGUGCACUCCCAGCAUGUUUGAUUUUCCGGACUUCCUGACUCUGGUGAACAAGGCCCUCAUCGCAGAAAGGGAACACAAACUCCUCCACGACAACAAGCCAGCUGUUAACGACCACAAGCGCAAAUUCGAGCCUAAGAAGGAUAUUCAACCAAUGCAGAAGGCUCGUACUUGGCAACAGACUCAAGUUGAGUACAAACCCAACUGGCAGCAGAAUGUCAACAAGACUACCACCCAAGUCAAGAAUGUCAUGACCAGCCCGGUGCGCGAAGAUUGUCAAUGCAACAAUUCAUGUUUCAGCUGUGGUCAAACCGGACACUAUGCCAGACAGUGUCCCAAGAACAACAAAAAAGCAGCUCCAUUCCAUCCACAAGUCAACUACAUGGAGUUGUAUUCCGCCCCAGAUGUGAUCCAGGGGCAAAUUCAUCAUAUCUUCGCAGACGAAGCCCAAGAGGACCCGGAAGUCGUCACUGGUAUGUUUCUUGUUAAUGACAUACCCCCGUAA